AAACAUUAAAAAAAUUGAAGCAAGGAUUUUUUUCGUAUAUAAAGCAGUGAUUUAAAUUAUACAAAAAUAAAAAAAGGUAAAAAGAAAAUAAUGAAAGGAUGAUAUUGAGAGUGAGAUGAGAAGAUAGAAAAAUGACAUUUAUAAAUUUAUAAACUUGAAUGUGUCGAGAGAAGGGCAGGGGAGAGGAAGAGAGCUGUUAUUUUUUCACGCCAAGGGUACGCAAGUAUAAGAAGGGGCAGCGUCCGGACCGGGCAGCCCGAGACGGAUACUGGAAGUCUACCGGCGCCGAAGAGGCCAUAAAAAACUCCGACGGGAAAACGGUCGGGUUCAAGAGGUCUUUGGUAUUCUAUAUCGGGAAGUCGUCGUCGUCGUCGAAAGAUAGCGUGAAAACCAAUUGGCUAAUGCAGGAGUACCGCGUUGAUGAUUCUAGACUACUUUCUCACCGCACCCAUGAACAUACCAUGAUGCUAGACAACUGGGUUUUAUGCAAGCUUUACAAGAGAGUGGAUAGUAAAGCAAGUAAUAUAACACCCGUAAGUAAUGAGAAUGCCGAUGAUGAUGCAAGCGAAGGAGAAGACGGCCGGGAAACUCAUCAUGAUGAUUGCAUGGAGGAGACACCCACCGCCACCGCCAUCCCCGCCCUUGAAACAGAUGGAAAUGAGCAAACUCCGGCGGUCGAAUUUGAGCUAUUUGAUGGCCUGAAGGAUUGUCUCUUGGUUGAGCAAGAAGAGAAAGCUGAGUUAAGUAAGAAGCUCCAAGAUUUGGAAAAGGAAUUGACUGUCAGCAGAACAAAACUUGUGGAGUCCCGACAAGAUUUAACUUCGAAUCGGAAUGUGGACGCACUGAAGCAAAAGAUUAUGAAACUAAGGAAGGAGAAUGAGGUUCUUAAGAGGCAAAUCACCUAUCAAAUACAAGGAUAGAUGCUUUGUAAGUUAAAAGCAAAUUCCCAGUUUUUGCAGUUAUGGAAUUGUGGCCUUUUUUUUAAUACGCGAAAAUUGAAAUGUCGAUGCAAAGCUCUACUUGUAAUAUGCAUAGUGCUCUACCAUUGUUUCUUACGGUAAAGAGUUUUUAUUACCGUGCAAACGCUUGGGUAUGAAUCUACUCAAGGAUAAAACCACGAGUUCACUUUACAAGUUUCCUUACCUUUUUAGGUUUACAUCCUUUCCAUGCCUUGUUUUUGUAUGUUCUUUUAUAACACUUCUAUACUUUGAACUCUCUCAUUCUGAUGAUGUAAACAAAUCAAAUACUUUUAAUUCG